CUGGCCUGGGCUCCGGACCCGAGCCCCACGAACAGCCCCAGUGGCGCGGUGGCGCGGGCGAGACGAAGAAAGGGGACCUUUAUGCCUUUUGGGGGAGGCACACAUUCUGCGAGGCCGUGGAAACAAAGAGAGGAACUGUUUGUAGCCCUAGUCCCGACGUCCCAAACCAACAACUCUGGCCCCUUCAAGGACACCAUGAUAUCCUUCACACUCCACCUGAAGUCCUGCCUUCCGCCUGCUAUCAGGACCCUGAUUCUACAAAAGAAACCAAACAUCAGGAGUGUGUCCGGCAUGGCUGGGGGGCUCCGACCAGCCAGUGUGGUGGUCCUGCACCGGUCCCUGGCUCCAGCCUUUGAAAAGUUCUGCCAAGCCAACGAUGGCCCUCUGCCCCUGCUGGGUCUCUGCGAGCCAGGCACGUGGUCCCUGCCUGCCCCGAACGCAGUCCCGGACCCCAGGACGGGCCGUCCCCAGUUCCGGAAGUACGAGUUCGGUGCCUGCACGGGCAGUCUGACCUCGCUGGAGGAACACAGGGAGCUCCUGAAGGACAUGGUGGCCUUCUGCUUGGACGGCGGCUUCUCCCCAGAAGCAGUCCUGGAGAAGGUGGGGCUCCCCAGAAGAGACUCCCCAGGCCACGGCCUCGCAGGGGCCUACAAGACAACCGUGCCUUGUGCCUCCAUGGCUGGCUUUUGCUGCCCCCUGGUGGUCACAAUGAGGCCCAUCCCCAAGGACAAGCUGGAAAGGCUGGUGCAGGCCAGUGGCUCCAUGGGAAACAAGGGACAACCCAUUCAUAUCGGCGACCCAGAAUGGCUGGGAAUCAAAGAUCUUUCCAAACCUGACUAUGGGGAUCCUGUGGUGUGUCAGCCAGGGGACGUCCCAGUGUUCUGGCCUUCUCAGAUGACCAGUCUUGAAGCCGUCAGCAGCUGCAAGACCCCGCUGGCUUUCACCAGUUCACCGGGUUGCACCAUCAUGACCAACCUGAAGGAUACAGAAGCUCCAGCCGGUUGUCUUACCCCUGAGGGAAUUCCAGAGGUCCAUCGCAUUUCCCAAGAUCCUUUGCACUACAGCGUGGCAUCGGCUUCAGCUGUUCAGAAGAUUAGAGAGCUAGAGGCUAUAAUUGCCAUAGACCCAGGCCAGCGGGGGAUCAGACACCUGCUUGGGAGAGAUGAGCUGCUUCGAGCCUCCCUGUCUCUGUCCCAUGCCCGCUCCGUACUCGUCACCACUGGCUUCCCCACACACUUCAACCACCAGCCCCCAGAAGAGACGGACGGGCCACCAGGAGCCGUGGCCCUCGCCGCCUUCCUUCAGGCCUUGGGGAAGGGGGUCUCCAUGAUCGUUGACCUGAGAGCCUUGAGUUUGUUCGAGAAGCUUAUGGAAGAGGCUGUCGAGCAAGGUGUUCUGAAGACAGCAGUCCCCUUGCUAACUUUCCAAGGUGAAUCAGUGGGAGCUGCUCAAACAUUUCUCUGCAAAGAUGGGGACCCCAAGUCACCGAGGUUUGACCAUCUGGUGGCAAUAGAGCGUGCAGGAAGGGCUGCCGAUGGCAAUUACUACAACGCCAGGAAGAUGAACAUCAAGCACUUGGUUGACCCCAUUGAUGACCUUUUCCUGGCAACACGGAAGAUUCCUGGAAUCUCAUCCACCGGGGUUGGUGAUGGGGGCAAUGAGCUUGGGAUGGGCAAAGUCAAGGAGGCUGUGAAGAGACACAUACGAAAUGGGGAUGUGAUCGCCUGUGACGUGGAGGCUGACUUUGCCAUCAUCACUGGUGUUUCUAACUGGGGAGGCUAUGCCUUGGCCUGUGCGCUGUACAUCCUAAACUCGUGUGAGGUCCACCGACAUUACCUCAGGAAGGCAGUUGGGCCCUCCAGAUCACCUGGGGAGCAGAAUUGGACUCAAGCCCUUCCAUCUGUUGCCAAGGAAGAGAAGAUGUUGGACAUCCUGGUGCGGCACAAGGUCCGGAGUGGAGUGUCGGGGGUCGUGGGCAUGGAGGUGGACGGGCUGCCCUUCCACGGCACUCAUGCCCAGAUGAUCCAGAAGCUGGUGGAUGUCACCACAGUGUGUAUGUGACUGUGCCUGUGGCCCACGUACCAGAUGGUCAUGCCUGGACAUGAGAAAGUGUUACCCAAGGGUCCCAGCUUCUUUCCACGAGAGUCUUGCACAUGAACCCUGGCUCUGGGUGAGCCCUGCCCAGGGUCCUACAUGACCACUGCCUGGGACAGGGUCGUGCUGAUGAUACAGAACCAAGGAGAACCGUUCUUUGGGGUUUCUGUUUUUUUUCUUUUCUUCCCGAGUACGUGGAGGCAUUGAUUUCAACCCUCCUCCCCCUGGGCACCCACGUGGUCUGCUCUGAGAGUCUUCUGAUCAGUCACGUAUGGGGACACCAGCAAAAAUAUUCCUUGCCAGGCAGACACAAGAGUAGGCAUG